AUGGGGACGGCAGCGAGUCACAGCAGCGAGGACGAGGAGGAGGGGGCCGCCGAGGAAGGCAUGGAGGGGGCGGCCACCGCGCCUCAGCCCGGCGCUCCCUUCCCUUCUGGCACCGCCGCCAGACCGGCGCCGCCGCUGCCUCCGGCUGAGGUGCUGCUGGACCAGGCCCGGUUGCGGGAGGCCACGGCGCGGCUGAGGGAAGCGGUGCUGCCCGAGUCGCUGGUGUCGCGGCACCACAGCAUUCUGGUCCGCUGGCUGGAGGAGCGCCUCAGCCGCGGCGACGAGGCCGUCAGCCUGGAGCAGUUCUGUGAGAUGAUGGAGAGCGUCUCCCGGCUGGCCGCCGGCUCCCGAGGCGAGAGCGAGGAGGCCUUUGCACAAUUUGAUGCUGAAGGAGAUGGCACUGUAGAUGUGGAGAAUAUGCUGGAGGCUCUCAAGAAUUCUAGUGGAGCUAAUCUUCAUGGGGAGCUUAGCCAUGUAAUCCGGCAACUGCAAGCUUGUUCCCUAGUUCCAGGUUUUAUUGAUAUAUUUUCUGAAUCGAAAGAGCGUCUUGGUCUUCAUGCCUCAAUGAUCCUGAGGUUCUUGCACCGGAAUCGCAUUUCUAAUACUGCCAUCCCUUACCCAGUCCUGGACUACUUUAACAAUAUCUGCACUAUGAGGUCUUCUGUGCUGAAGGAUUCUUUAGAUCGACUUCUCCUGAAAGAGAGGGAAUACCCCAGUGAUUUAAAUGGCAAUCAGGAGGCAGACAAACUGAAGUCUGUCACAAAGUGCUACACUCACAUAGAAACCUCAUCCAAUUCUGCUGAUAUUGACAAGAUGACAAAUGGAGAAACAACGUCCUUCUGGCAGUCAGAUGGGAGUGCUCGCUCCCAUUGGAUACGUUUGAAGAUGAAACCAGAUGUUGUCCUGAGGCAUCUGUCCAUUGCAGUGGCAGCUAAUGACCAGAGUUACAUGCCACAGCAAGUGACAGUGGCGGUGGGAAGGAAUGCCAGCAGCCUUCAGGAGAUCCGAGAUGUUCACAUUCCAAGCAAUAUCACUGGCUACGUAACACUCUUGGAAAACGCUAACAUUAGUCAGAUGUAUGUACAGAUAAAUAUCAAGCGUUGCCUUAGUGAUGGAUGUGACACCAGAAUCCACGGGCUCAGGGCUGUUGGGUAUCAACGGGUGAAGAAGGUGGACGUCUCUGUAUGCGAUGCUUCAGCGAUCUGGUACUGGUCGCUGCUGACCUCUCUGGUGACAGCUUCCAUGGAAACAAACCCAGCAUUUGUUCACACUAUUUUGCAAAAUACUCAGAAAGCACUGCAACACAUGCCACCUCUAUCCCUGACACCAGGCUCUACAGAUUUUUCAAGCUUCUUAUCUCCGAAUGUUUUGGAAGAAGUCGAUAGCUUCCUCAUAAGAAUAACAAGUUGUUCUACCACUCCAGAGGUUGAACUUACACUCUUGGCCUUUGCCUUAGCCAGGGGGAGUGUUGCAAAAGUGAUAAAUUCCCUUUGUACAAUCACUGAUCAUCUGGAAACUCCAUACAAGGCUUCAUCGCUUAUCACUUCCAUGGCAGUGGUCAGACAGAACCUGCUGUAUAAAUAUGGAAAACCUUUACGACUCACUUUGCAAGCCUGUGAUGUAAAAGGAAAAGAAGAUAAAUCAGGGCCUGAAAACCUCCUUGUGGAGCCAUGGACUGGGGAUGGUUUUCUUACUGAAACGGGAAAAACCAGAGCAAGUGUUAUUCUUUCUACUGGAACUGAAUCUUCAUUUCAAGUGACGCAGAUUAGAAUCAAGGUCCGAAGGGGAGCCAUCGGGGCCCAGUGUGGGCUGGUGUUUGCUUAUAAUAGUGCUUCAGAGAAGUUCCAUGCAGAGGAUCACUUCAAAAGAUUUGAAAGCUAUGACAAGUGGAAGCUGCGGGAAUUCAAGCAGUUCUUAAAGACCAGAAGCAGCUGCUCACGUGAUGAUCUGGGAGAUGAUGAUCCUAUUGGCUGGUUUGAAGUGGAAGAAGAAUGGGAUGAAGUUGAUGUCCAAAUGCAGGAAUGCAGAAUUUCCCAAUACUUGAUGAUAAAGUUCUUGUGCACAAGACAAGAAACAGCAGAGCGGCUCGGAGUUCAAGGCCUGAGUGUUCUUGGGUAUCUUCGGCCUAUGCGGGAUGAGCCCAGUAGGAGCAUGAACUGCUUGCAAUGCAGGAAGACUGAUGAUGAUACAGUUUGUGGCACAACUCUUCUCCUGAAGACACUUCAUUUCAUCCAGCAGCUGGCACAGGACCUGGUUCAGCAGAAGGAGAGUGGAUUAAAACACAAGUCAUUUUUGGAUUUCACAGGCCUUGAUUUGCAGCUGUUCUGGAAUUUUUACAAUAAACUUCGCCAAAGCCCAAGGGAAGAAUGUAUCUUUGCUCAAACACUGCUGUUGCAGCUUCUCCAGAGCUGCUUCUCUGUACUUACUGCAGACAAUAAAACUGCUAAGCCUCAAGAAACUUCUCAGAGUAAAACAUCUGGUCACACAGAAGCUGCAAAAGAGCUUUAUAAACAUUUGUGUGAAGUAGUAGAUAUGGGGGACAGUAACUUCAUGCCAAUGAAAAUGCUGAAAGAGGAAGUUAAGAACACCUUACUCGGUGGAGCAGCAAUCUUUUUCCCAGAUAGACAGACCAGGCGCCACCAGCUCUUCACCAUGAUGAAAAACAUCACAGAGCAAGAACAUAAGCAAUCUGCACAUCUUGCCUUCAGAUCCUUGUGUACUCACUUCAGUGAUCAAGAUCCAGGUGGACUCCUAUUAUUACCAGAGAAAGGAGUUUCUGAAAAUAUUGACAUAAGUGAAGUGCUGUCAGUCAUGGAUACCCUUCUGCUAGUGGCAGCAAGAGAGUGUGAAAUGAUGAUGCUGGAUGUUGCGCAGCAAGAGAGCGGCACAGUCAUGUCUUUCUUAUUCUGGUCUGUUCAAGGUAGCCUCCUUUCAUGGUGCUACCUGCAACUUAAGGGUAGUGAUAAUUCAGCCAAGGAUCUUGCAGGAGAAAUCCUUAAAAACUAUGUGGGCCAGUUCCUGUCAAAUAUCAGAACGAUUUUGCAGUCACUUUUAUCUCAAUAUAGUGGCAAAACAAUAGUAGAAAAAAUAAGUAACUCUGUCUUUGCUAUGGCAACUCGUCAGCUGGUCAUCUUCCUGUUGGAUUUUUGCACUUUAGACAUUCCAUACUGUACUCUGCUACAGGGAUUCAGCACUUUGAUAGAACCACUGAAAAGCCUUUGUAGUGAGCCUCAUAAGAUGGAAGUGGAGAGCUGGCAGCAAGAACAGCCUGUGGUACUGAGAACAUGGACAAUGGAAUCACCUCAUAACUAUGAAAAUAAUUGCCAUGAGGUCUCAGUCUUCCUAUGUCAUGGGGCAACUUACUUUGAGGUGGAAUUUGAUGAAAAAUGUGAAACUGAAAGGAGGUAUGAUUACCUGGAGUUUACUGAUGCAAGAGGUGCAAAAACUCGUUAUGAUACAAAGGUUGGCACUGACAAGUGGCCUCAGAAAGUGACCUUUAAGGCUGGCCCACGGCUGCAGUUUCUCUUUCACUCUGACAGCAGUAAUAAUGAGUGGGGCUACAAGUUCUCCGUCACUGCUUACGGCCUACCAGAUGUUGCCGUUUCUUGGGGCUUGGAUUUACAGCUUCUUGUAUGCCGGUUGAUGGGGCGCUUGGCUUCCCGAUGUAUGGCCCUGAAAUCUCUCCGAGAAUUAGGUAGUGAAGCAGAUUUGCCUCCUUCGAAAGUCACAGCAGUCCUUAAUUCUCCUCUAUGGAAACCUGUGUUCAGGCAUCAGAUGUGUCCUGAGGCACUUCUGGGAUCUGGUCAAAGCAGUAGGCUGCACCAAGAUAAAAAAGAGGCUGGGAGCUCUCACCAAGAUGACUGCAGGAACUUUCUUAUCGACUUUGCAAAAUCAGAUCCUGCCCAGGGCUUCAGUGGGGAAAAAGCUGAACUUUUCAAAGGAUUUACACAGGCAUGUCAAAAACAGACCCCAAAGACAGAUAUAGUUGCUGGUUCUACUGUUGAUCAAGCUGUGAACUCAACAUUUGCUGCUUUGGUGUAUCUGACUCCAGAUUUAUAUGAGAAGCUUCAAAAAUAUGUCAACAGUGGAGGCAAGGUGCCUUUGAGCUAUGAGUUUGCACAAGUGUAUUCCCUGGCUGAUUCAAUUAGAAUAUGGAUGUUGGAAAUGAAGCAGAAAUCCCUGAUGGGUAGGGGAAAUGAUUUUGAGGAGAAGCAGAGCACAGAAGCAAGUGAGGUGAACCCAGAGACUCUUGCAAAACUUUGUAUGCAGAAGAGCCUUUUAUUACUGAAUUUUUUGCCUGUAAGAGCAAAGACGAAAGAUUCUGCUUCAGACAGUUUGGAAGCCCAAGACAGUGAUGAUAUCCAACAUUAUGUUGGUGAUAAAUGCCAAAGAAAAGGUUCUUUUGUGGACAUGGACUUCCAGGCAGCACAUUCAUUGUCAUCCAAUGGAGUAACUCCUGCUGUUUCAAAAGAGGGGAGCCAAAUGACACUAUCUGAUACAAAGAUGGAACAACUUCCAGACUCCCUCCAAACAGAAGCAGCAUCUGCAACUCAUAGUAAGCCUGUUGAAAGUGCAGUUUCACAGCAAGAAGAUACAUCAUCACCUCCUUGUACUCCUACACGAAAGUCUCAGUUCAGCCGUGGAAGACUAAGGCUGCUGUCUUUCCGAUCAAUGGAAGAGCCAAGAACUGUGCCUACUGUGAAGGCAAAAUACCCCAUAUUAAAAAACAUAUUAGACUUUAUUAAGGAUCAAUCCCUCUCCCAUGAAAGUGUUUUAAAGGUUCUUGCUUUGAGAAAAUCCCAAGGGCAGAAGAUUAUGGAAGUGCUCAAGACAAUCCGCCAGUGCCUAGACUCCCUUGGGCAGCCACACUGUUUUCAUCCGCCGUGUGUACUUUUUCUCUUAGAACUUCUAGCCUGUCAGAAAGAUUUUACAAACUACUUUGGAAACUUGGAAGGAUGUGGUGCUGAGCUACACAAAGAGAUUCGAGAGUCCUACUACCAGCUUGUUUUGUUCCUGGUAAAUUCUGUGAAGGGAUUUAGUACUAUUAAUGACAGAUCAUUGCUUCCUGCCUUAUCAUGUGUGCAGACAGCUCUCCUUCACCUUUUGGAUAUGAGUUGGGAACCAAAUGAUCUUUCAUUCUUUGUUGAGAUUCAGUUACCACAGCUGCUUAUGACUACAUCACAAGAAAACAUAAGUAUUCAUGACAGCGUCAUUUGUCAGUGGAAUGAAGAAGAUGAACUUGUAGACUACAAGCAAAACUGUGAAUGGAUGUAUGAAUGUCAGGAUGUUACGUUUGAGACCUGGUAUGAAAAGAUAGCUCAAGCUGACCCAGAGAAGCAGAGAAAGAUGCACAUGUUUGUAGCUCGUUACUGUGACCUGUUAAAUGUGGACAUAUCCUGUGAUGGCUGUGAUGAAAUUGCACCAUGGCAUCGCUACCGCUGUCUGCAGUGCAAUGACAUGGAUCUGUGUAAAACUUGUUUUCUUGGUGGAGUUAAACCUGAAGGACAUGAGGAUGACCAUGAAAUGGUUAACAUGGAGUACGCCUGUGAUCACUGUCAAGGAGUUAUCAUAGGUCGGAGAAUGAACUGCAAUGUGUGUGAUGAUUUUGACCUUUGCUAUGGAUGCUAUUGUGCAAAGAAAUACUCCAACAGUCACUUGCCCACUCACAGCAUCACAGUGUAUCCCAUGGUGACUAUUCGAAUCAGUGACCGACAGAGGCUCAUCCAGCCAUAUAUCCACAAUUAUUCCUGGCUGUUGUUUGCAGCUUUGACCCUCUACAGUGCAGAUCUGGCAAAUGGGGGGGAAGUAGAAGGAGAGAAACUAGAUCCACAGGUCCUCAGUCAUGCCAGAGUUGUGCAACAUCAGUGCAUACAGCUCAUUGGAGACUGCUUGAUGAAAGCACAGCAUGGAAAAGGUCUGAAAAAUUCAGCUCUCCUCUGCAUGUUACCAGAAGGUGAAUCCUUCUCAGAGAAUGACACUGUUUCAGUCAGUCCUCCCACAGAUGGUCCUCCAAAAAGUCAUACUGGUGAUAAAGCAAUGAAGGGAAGAGAUGAGAAACCAACAACAGGCUCUUUUAUACAUUGCAAUGGGAAAGGAGGUACAUGUAAUGAAAUCCAGUCCCCUGCAGAAGAUAAAGUAGGAAAACAAGGAAGUGAAAGCAAAGCUGUCUUUGCAAAUAAAGCUGUUUUGAGACAAGACUCAGACUUUUCUGUGGAGGAUAAUGUUUCUCCAACAGAUGGCAGCCUUGUAGAGGAUUCAGCCCAGAAGCAAGCAGAGAAGGUUUUAAUACCAAGCCAGGAACAAGUUUUUGCUGAAUGCUCUCAGAAGAGGAUUCUAGGAUUGCUGGCAGCUAUGUUACCACCUUUCAAAUCAGGCUCCACAAUGUCUUUGAUUAACCUGGAACAGAUACUUCCACUGAUGUUUCAGGUUGUAAUCUCAAACGCUGGCCACCUAAAUGAAACAUAUCAUCUAACACUGGGAUUUCUGGGCCAGUUAAUCCUGAGACUUAUGCCUGCAGAAGUGGAUGCUGCAGUGGCUAAAGUCCUUUCAGCCAAACAUAAUUUGUUUGCUGCGGGAGAUGGGGCUGCAGUACCAGAAGGCUGGAAGACAACUCAUCUUCUAUUCAGUCUGGGAGCUGUGUGUUUAGACAGUCGUGUAGGUCUGGACUGGGCAAGCUCCAUGGCAGAUAUUCUUCGAUCUUUGAACUCUUCUGCUCAGUGGCACAAUGUGAUAGCUGCAUUCACUGACCAUUGCAUUAAGCAACUGCCUGUCCAGCUAAAGCACACCAACAUCUUCACUUUGCUGGUGCUGGUUGGGUUUCCUGAGGUGCUGUGUAUGGGGACUCGUUCUGUGUACAUGGAUAAUGCGAAUGAGCCUCACAACGUGAUCAUUCUGAAGCAUUUCACUGAGAAGAACAGGGCAGUUGUAGUAGACAUCAAAACCCGAAAGAGGAAAACAGUGAAAGACUAUCAGCUGAUUCAGAAAUGUGGACAAGAGGGCAGUGAUUCCCAGACCCAGCUGAGACAGUACCUCCAGCACUUUGUUCUUAUAUCCACUCACCUUCUGCAAACCAGCAUGGACAGUAGCUAUGCUGAGGCAGUGGAAGCAACUUGGGUCUUGUCGCUCGCUCUAAAGGGGCUUUACAGAAUACUUAAGAUUCAUGGCUUUAAGGAGAUUCAAGCUGCCUUUCUUCAGUCUGGUUUACUCAAGCUUCUAGUGAAAAAAUGUAGCAAAGGAACUGGCUUCAGUAAGACCUGGCUUCUCAGAGACUUGGAGAUUUUGUCAAUAAUGCUGUAUUCCUCAAAGAAAGAGAUCAGUUCCCUGGCUGAACGUGAGGAUACUGAACUGGAAGAAAGGGAACAAGAUCAAGAUGUGGAGCCACCCAUUGCUGGUCCUGUAGAUCUAGAGCAGAAUAAACUUGAUCCUCUGGAGGGUUUGGAUGAAGCCACCAAAAUAUGCUUCUUGUCAAAACCUGCACUCUGUGAGAAAGCAACAGAAGAAACCAACCCAGUGGCCCAGAAACUGAUAACCAGCACAGAGAGUGAGCUACAGCUUAGUUAUGCCAAGCAACGUCGCACUAAGAGUUCAAUACUCCUGCACAAGGAGCUGGACUCCAGGAGUAAAAAGGCUGUGAGGGACUACCUAUAUCGUGUAAAUGAGGCAACUGCUGUUCUUUAUGCCAGGCAUGUUCUGGUAUUGUUGCUAGCUGACUGGCCAGAUGAUGUGGCAAUAAAUGAGGAAAUCCUAGAUCUUAGUGGUCCAGCCCAUAUGACAUACAUAUUGAACAUGCUUAUGCAGCUAGAGGAAACGCAGUUAUGGGAAAAGAUUUUACAGAAGGUACUGCAUGGGUGCAGUGAGAGCAUGCUAGGGACAAUGGCACUGACAGCUUGCCAGUUCAUGGAAGAACCAGGAAUGGCAGCGCAGAUGCGUGAAUCUAAACAUCCUUAUAACAACAAUACCAAUUUUGAGGAUAAAGUUCACAUUCCUGGUGCCAUCUACCUCUCAAUCAAAUUUGACUCUCAGUGUAAUACAGAAGAGGGCUGUGAUGAGUUGCUCAUGUCCAGCAGCAGUGAUUUCCAGCAGGAUCGACACAGCUUCAGUGGGUCUCCACAUAAGUGGAAUGAUUUUGAGCUUCCAGGUGAUACGCUCUACUACAGAUUUACUUCUGACAUGAGUAACACUGAGUGGGGUUAUAAGUUUACAGUAACAGCAGGUCAUCUUGGAAGGUUUCAGACAGGGUUUGAAAUUCUAAAGCAGAUGCUGUCUGAGGAAAGGGUAGUUCCUCACCUCCCACUGGCCAAAAUCUGGGAAUGGCAGGUGGGGAUAGCAUGCCGUCAGACAGGCGACCAGCGUUUGAAGGCUAUCCACUUGCUUUUGAAGAUAAUGCAGUGCAGUGCCCAGAGGGACUGUAACUUUACCUUGUUGAAGCCACUUUGGCAGCUUUUUACCCAUAUGGAGAACAUCUUGUGUCAUUACAUGACCAAGUCUGGGAUUGUUCUUCCUCUUCAUCGUGCACUCGCAGAACUCUUCUUUGUUGCAGAAAACAGAGUUAAUGAGCUUGGAUCUCUACAGGAGUAUCUGCUUGCCUUAAAUACUGAAGAUCAUCUUCAUCGCUGCACAGCACAGGCCCUGAAAAACAUUGCUGCUAUCAGCCUUGCCAUUAACUAUCCAAACAAAUCCACAAGUUUCUGGAAUGUUCAAUACUGGCUCAGGCCGGAGUGCAUGGAAUAGAGUAGUUUGUCCAUAGGACAUUGGAACGGACAUCUUAACUCUGUUCAGGAAAGUUCCUUCAGCUUCAGUGUAUGAGCACUCUGCAGCCUGCCUUCCUUCCUUCCUUCCUUCCACCUUGAUGUAGAAUUUGUAAAAGUAAAAGCGCACUUCAAUGAAAAAGCACAUCUUGAAGUAAUUCACGCGUCGCCUACAGUUAUGUAUGCACAUAUUGUAGCAUGUUAGAGUAAACUGAACAAUACAUUUUUUUUUUACCCAGAGGAAGUAAAUGGAAGAAGGUAGCUGAGAAUGGAAGGCCCCUGCAUUGGUAUCAUAGGAAACCUGAUUGAUGGAACCUGACAUGGAAAUGAUUCAGAGUGAUGGCAUCAGCAGUGUCUGUUGUAUGUAGUUGAACUGAGAUAGGCAAACCAUAACCUGGUGGGCUGAUGCAGAAAUGGCCCAAACUUGAAUCCUGUCAUGUUUGCUUUUGCUUUGAAGGCUACUACCCAAGAAAAAAAGACUUUAAUUCUUGCUAAACUACAGGUUGUAAAACAAAUUGUGGUGAUUCGCAUAGCAGUUAAAGGAUUCCAGUUUCAGAGCAUCCUUGUGCAAGAAGUUUGUUUCUCAUGUUCUUUGAUUUGAUCAGCUGGAUCAUAGAAUCAUAGAAUUGUUAGGUUUGGAAAGGACCUCAGGAUCAUCUAGUUCCAACCCCCCUGCCAUGGGCAGGGACACCUCACACUAAGUCUAUUCUUUACUUAUCUCCAGUGUGAUGUUCUAAGUAGUACAUCAUUCUAGUGUGGAGAACAAAGGCUAGCCUUCAUUCACAAAGCAGUGGUAAUAUGAAGAACUGAGGAACUUAUAUGUUUCUCAAAGAUCACAUCUUUACAAGACAUUGUUAAUGAAGCUUUUUUUCUUCCAAUUAUUUCAAUACUAGUGGCUUGGGAGGUCCUUCUUGGCAAUGCUGGGAACUCAGACUCCCAGCACUCAGGGUGGGGGUUAAUGAUCAAUCGAGUCUUACCAUAUAGAGCAAUAACUGCAUUACUCCUAGUGAACAUGGAAUCAAUUGCAGACCUUUUAUGCUGAAAUAAAUUGGCUUUCUUCCUGCUCAACUAUGCUGAUUAUUCCCUUUCCAAAGAAUUAUAAAGAACAAAAAAGCAUUUGGGGGUGCAUUUUCUAUACCAUUAGACAAUAUGGUCUUGUCAGGUAUGAAUUCAAAGAAAUUUAUGCUAAUCAUUUUCUUCCUUCAUCAACAUCAGGGUAUGAAAGAAAGGGCCCCAAAAGCUUCAGUAAUAACUGAAUGCAGGUUGUGUAAAGGCAGUGGCUCUAUCAGAAAGGAAUAUGCUUGCCCAAGGACCUUGCUUGUCCAAAAGGGGAGUGGUGCCUAAAUGUCAAUAUGCAAUGUGUACAGGAGCACUGCACUGGGGGGUGACCUCUGAAUUGAUGGUCUUACCUGCUGGGGCUGGAAUUUUAAGGCUGGUCCAAUCUUCCCCUGAGAGGGAAAUGUGCUGUAAUGUAUCCCCUUUUCUUGGAGGGCCUCUAGUGCUGUAGUUAGAGAUUACUUGAAUUCUGUUCAGCCAGGUGAGUGCAAAGCGAAUGUUGCUUCAGAUCGGCUUAAAUCAGAAUGUGAUUAUUCUGCCUGAAAGACUUAAAACUGAAGACCAAGCAGCACUAUGCUGAAGCCAUUGCCUUCAGGAUCGGAGUGGCCCUCUUAGCAAAUGGGAAUGCCAGAAUUCAGGGAAAAUGUACCAUUUAUCAAAGUCUGAAAGGAGGUGGAGAGAUACUGCUUUGAACCCCCUCCUCAAGUAUACUUGAAGAUUAAAGCCCUCCUUCCUUCCCGAAUGAGAUCGUGAUGGGAAGGGACUUCUCAGAGUUGGGGCACACCUUUAAGACAUGGUUCAUUUUGCUCCCACAUCUGAGUAAUAUAUUGGAGUUUGCAAUCUCAGUGCAGGGGUGUCUGAGAGAUCUCUGAGGAGCAACUGUUCCCGCAGUUCCUAACAGCAUGAGCUGAUUCUGGGAUUGAGGACUUGCUCCACCAAAGUGAGAUGGUUUUUAGUCUCCUUCAGGGGAUCAAAUUGAUGGGGAGGUGAGCAUUUUGAAAUUGCUCUUCUGGAGCAGUAGGACUUCUGUUCACUGCCUCAGUGUGAAUCCAUGGCUACGUGGUCAAGGAUAUGCAAUGGGCUGAUGUGCGAAGGCAUGUAGCAUGCUGCUGAGAUCUGCUGUGUUUGUCAGAGAAGGCUUUUUUCUUUUUUCACAUCAGGGAUGAAGACUGUAAAUAAACCUUCACAGAACCUCUCAUGGCUCUAGCAUAGUCACUUUCUUUUCCCCAGUAGACUGUGUUUUUGCUCUCUGUAUAAAGACAUGAGGCUGCAAGGAUGACACAGGAGUGGCCAGUGUUCCUUACUUAGGUGUACCACUGUAACUUACUCUACCAGCAGUAACUGGCCUCAUGAGUCAGUCGCCUUGCCCUAAAGGGACUGUCUAGGAACAGUGUCCACUACCUAUAAUCUCUACCCACUAGAUGGAACUGAAGGACUGUGACCUGAGUUGACACCGAAUCUGUUGCUGCCUUACAACUCAUUCAUUAUGGAUUUUUUAAGAGACAAGGAACACUGAUUAUUAAUCAUUUUUUUCCUUCUGAUAGUUAUAAAGAAAGGAAACAAAUACCAAUAAUGAAUAUUCAUGAUCAAUCACAUUUUGAGAAUCCUGCAGCAGUUCCAAGUGGAUGUGGAUGAUAUUAUUGAGUAGUAUAGAACUGAGAAAAACAGGUAUGCAGAAAAAAUGUGCCUAAUGUAACAAAAACAAAAGUUGUCCUGCCUAAAUCACCUGAUGAUGUGUUUAAAUCAAACCAUAUUGUUCCUAAUGAUAGAUUUGACUUGCUUUCAUUAAACACAAAAGAGAGUUUUAUAAUUUCUUUUCUUACGGGUUUAAUACUUUGCAAUUUUUAUCAGUUGUUUAAAAUAUAUCAGGCCUUUAGAUUUCUUCCAGUUCAGUUCAACAUGUAAAAAGAAAGCUACAGAUGUGGGUAAAAUAUGCAAAUGAAGAGAAAUAUAUUGUAAAAAUUCUAUAAAAACAAAAA